GCAACGAAAUAUAAAAUCUCUCGUCGUAUUCGGCUUGCUUCAGUAGAAAAAUUAUACUCGAAUCAAAUUUUUCGUUACAUAACGAAGUGUUAGGCAAACAGAAUAAAAUGUCACGUAAAUACACCGUUUUAACGUUGAUGAUCGUGAUGAUCACAUUGGUCACUUUAAUUCAAGGAAAAUCAGUUGCACAGUUGGCCACAUGUGAAUACAGUUUUUCCUAUUAUAACGGAUGUAAUACAUGUCUUUGUGAUAUGUUUGCAUCUGCGUGGUUAUGCACUUCUAGAUGGUGUGGUGAUAGCGUAAUCCUUAAGCCUCCACCAUGUUUAUGUGAAUAAACUAAAUAUCCAGAGAUUCCAGGAUUAUGUAAAUAAAAAUACUUCGCUACAAUGUAGAGAGAUGUAAUUGUUAUACUGAUGGCUAUGCUAAAGUCUAGCGUUUCAACCUCUCCAUCGAUAAGCUUCAGUACAACAUAAAUUUUCAAAUAAUAAAAAAGAUACAU